GAAAUCAAAAGGCCCGGGCCGGCCCAUAAAUGUAGCAAAAAAUAUAUGAGACUUUUCUGUUAUUUUUAAAGACUUUUAGGGUAAUUUCUUAUCAUGUCUCUAGCAAUCUUGCCUGUCCGCGCACUUGACCGUUCUACAAAAAAGUUUUCGAUUGUCUGCGCGUGUGGUAGAUUUUUAAGCCACAAGUUGUUUUUAUCAGAUGCUGAGCGCAAAAUUGUUGGAUUAAAUCAGAACCCUGAUCAUGUCAGAAGAUAAGUUACCAGAAUCUGAGCAGAAGAAGUGGGUUCAGUUUGAUGAGGAGGCAGGUGGUACAUCAGAAAGGCCAGAAAAUGGAAAUGCUCCAGCCACCAUUGAUGUCCAGAAUGAAACAUUAGAAGCAGCAGAAGAUCCCAGCAACAUAAGAGUAAAUGUGCCCAGUCCGGCGCCGGUGGACCGCAGUCCGGCCAGGAACGGCGUGCGCCCGGAGCCGGCGCUCACCACCUCUGCGGCGCUGCAGGACGUGUCGCUGGCCGACCAGCCGGCGCCCGCGGCCGGCGGGAUGCGGCAGGGCUUCGAGAAUGGUGACGUCAUAGUGACACUGCUGCCUCUGAACUCGACCCUGCCGUGGAUCACACCGGCUCAGUUCCGACCAGAGCUGGUACCCGAGGAGCUCAUGGCCCAGGGACUCACGCUGACGGUGGAGGAGUACGUCCAGGGCAUGGAGCUGCUGGUCAACGACGUCCGCUUCAACGCCUACAACAUCUGCUACAAGCGCAUCCUGGUGGGCUGGAUCCUGAUGGGGUUCGUGGUGCUGAUCGCCAUCCUGUUCGCCGUCAACCCGGGCAUCGAGCUGUUCGGCUGCGGCGUCAUCUGGCUCAUCGUCAACGCCGUCGCCAUCUUCGUCUGCAUGUGGAUCAAAAUCAAGCUGAACCGGGAGCUGGAGCGCUGCGUGGCGCUGGUGAACCGCGUCUUCAGCAAACACAACAUCCUGGUGGGCGUGGACGACAGGGGUCGGCUCUCCUGCCACAAGGUCAACCUCUGCUUCAUCUACUUCAAAACGCACGACUGCGUGAAGACGCUCCAGGAGGUGGUGGACCGGGAGGACGCGGCUGGGUCGGCGGCCGACGACGCCGAGGCGCGCGCCCGCUCCCUGCGCGUCCAGCAGAGGAUGGACAUCGACGACUCGGAUAUUAUCAUCACGGGCAGCCAGACGACGCGUCUGUCUCGCAAACAGGAGCGCGCCCGGCGGCUGCUGCUGCGCUACUCUCAGCGCUGGGCCAAGGACUACCUGCGCAAACGGCUCGACUGGACGGUGGACAUGAACGAGCGUCUGGAGGCGGGCGCCGGCGCGUGCUCGCCGCGCCACCUGGCCACCGCCCGCUGCCCGUGCCAGUACAUCGAGGACCACCUCAGCUGGAAGCCGCAGAAGCGGCCCAAGGACCGCUGCUGCGGCUUCCAGCUGCCCGAGAGCUGCGCGGCGCUGCUGUGCUGAGCUCGGACGGACAGACGGCGCGCGGGACGGCCGGUCGCGCAGACCGGCGGCGGCGGGCCGGACACUCACUGACGCAACGACGAAUUAUACGACUUUAUUCCAUCCUCGGUACAUUCCAUGAGGCGGCCUUUUGGCGCAUCUUGCUUGUCUGCGGAGCAGACCAUGAACGGUUUUGAAUGCUUUGCUUGGAUGUUUUAUUUGUUGACCGUGUUGGCGUUUCGGUCACCGAGUGUUUUUAUUCUUUCUUUCUUUUUUUUUUUUUGAGUGUUUUUAUUCGGUUGACCUGAGCCCCUGCGUGUUAGCACCAUUUGGUGUGUCCUGUGAGUAUCAAUGUGUGGGUCUGGCCGGGUAGGUUCCGCUCUACCAGCUAUUUUUAUUAUAAAUAUUUAGCAUGAGCAGUUAUUGUGAAUGAUUGCUCACUUUAUUUUAAGUGGCACUGCGAAGUUUAUAUAGCGUUUAUUCCAAGGUGCCUUGGACGGUGUAUAGGUGGGAUGGGGUGGGGGCAGAGUAAGAUAGAUCUGUAAGCAGUCACCGGAGCGCCGCCGCCUAACGCGGCCGGUGAUCGGCGGGGGGGGGGGGGUGUGUGCCCGACUUCGCCCUGUGUUCGCUGAUCGGCAGCUUUCGGUACGAUGCCGUCCAUUCGCCGUUGUGUCACUGGCUUUAUGUUCCGCAUUCGCGUGUGUAAUGUUUAAGUUUAUUUAGAGCGGAAGUUUUUAUCUGGCAAUAAUAGCUAUGGCAAACAUGGGGAACCGGCUCUGCCGCUCGGCGGCCGCUGGUUAACUGUACGAUCUGGGUGCUCUGUGAUCGGACUCUGUGUCGAGGCGUUGAGGCGUCGGGUUGUGUUUUGGAGCGGCGGACUGUCCGGGACCCAGGUAGUGGGCACUACGCAGUCUGAGGGUAGUUAUCAGCUGCAGAUGGUGGGGCCUGCGGUCGCUGUCGGGUCGGGUCCCAGCCGCCAGCCUUUCUGGUGUCCGCUCCCAGCUGCUGGCGUUUCGGCUCUGCGGCCCAACCUGCUGACCGCUGGGGUCCGCGGCCUCUCAGCCGCCCGGACAGGGUGUUUUUGUAUGUUUCCGACAGUGCCGUGUCAACUGCCCCGGGCUGCCUGUCCGACCAGCGCCGCGCAGCCGGCCGCCGGUGACUGGGCCUCGCACGGGCCUGUGGGAGAGUGGCGUGGGUCUCCUCUCGCAUAAUAUACCAUUUGCAUAUCCUAACCCUGGUGGGGAGGGAGUAUGUUUCUCGUUUGGGGCGGCUCCCUGAAUACAGCUCUACUAACA